GUAUAAGAAUUGGGUCAAUUGGGCCUCUAAUUUUAACCAAAAGGCAUAUGAUACAGGAAAUAGCCGAAAUGUUGCAUCUCUAAUUCUCUGUUAUAAAACUACAUUAAAGCUUAUACCACCGAGUCGUUCAUGUUAUAAAACUGCCUUAUCACUCUUCAGGCUUAAUUCUUCUUCUUCCUCUGUCUGUGUUUUCUUCCUACCAUGAUUUUUUCAAGGAUUGGGCGCUCACUCUCGCGCUCUUCAAGCGCCAAAGAAUAUUUGCGCGGUGAUGCGAAAUUGAGAACCCUUCUCGGAGCUACGCGAACGAAUGUGCAUUCACAAGGAACAGAAUUGGGAAUAGGGUUUUUCAGGGGAUAUGUUGCUCAUGCUAAAGCUCGUGGAAACGGAAUCCUUUCCAGUUUGCCUGAUUUUAAGCGUGUUCCGGCGAACCCUAAGAUUCAUUACCGGUUGUUUUUCAGCGAAGGACCUAAGAAGAAUAAGUCAGAGACAAAUAGAGAUGAUCAUGGAAAUGUUAACUUUUUUCCCUUUAAGCAACCUUUUAUCUCUUCUUUGGUGAUGGCGCUAAUCACGGUUGCAUGGUUUUAUCGUCCUGAAGGGCAACAGAUUAACUUUCAGGAGUUUAAAUAUGAGCUUUUGGAGCCACGUUUAGUAGACCAUAUUGUUGUGUCAAUAAAUAAGUCAAUUGCCAGAAUAUACGUGACGAAUACUCCAUGUAACCAAACAGACAGUGAAGUUGUCGAAGGAACCCUCCCCGCGAAGGGAACUGGUGGGCAAUAUAAAUUUUAUUUCAAUAUUGGAAGUGUGAAAUCUUUUGAGGAGAAGUUAAAAGCAGCACAAGAAGAACUAGGCCUUGAACCCCAUGAUUAUGUUCCUGUUACAUAUUCUUUUGAAGAGGAUUGGGAGCAGGAGUUGAUGAGGUAUUGUCUUGCUUUGUUUUCGGUAUCCUUCCUGUUACUCCUGGUCCUGUUGUAUAUGAUAAUGUGAUUGUAAGGUGGACUUGGUGUUGGUGUAGACUGACUUAGCAAUCCAUUAGUCCAGAUAACAAAAUUUAACUUCCACAAGACAGCAAUGUUGAGUCGUUUAACUCUUAUGACAUGACAUUACAAGUUGACCGUUUAACUCUUAUGACAUUAUAAGUUGAGUAGCAGUGUUAGUGUUAAUCAUAAGGGCGAAAUCCUAAGAACUCAAGUAAUUGGUGCCUAUGCAAGAGAAGUAUUUCUCUGGAUAUAUUUCCUAUGUACUCUUUUAAAAGGAUACUUUUAUUGUGGAACUAUAAAUUAACUUGAACGUUUUUACUGGUACAUUGUUAAAAAGAUGUUGUGUAAUGCUACAGAAAAAAUUAGAGGAAUUUGAUCGAAACCGAUAAAUUCAUGAACAAAAGAGAAGGAUAAGAUCGAUACUCUAAUAAAUAAUAAGAAUAAACUACCAAAACUG